GGUACUUCCGUUCCGCGAACAGGAGGAAGUCGAUCGACAGGAUUUCUUCGACAGCGGAGAGCUUUAAACUGAUUUACAAUGCAAAGAUUUUUUCAAAGAAUCAAGUUGCUGAUUAAAGAACACUAUGCUAUCAAAGCUGGCUCAGAUCGAUAUUCUAACACUUGCGUCCUGGACACUGUCCUAACUGCCGUUCAUAUAGCUUAUAUCUGCUGUCCAAAUAUAGCAGAUCUUUUAAAUAGAAAUGACUUUUUCAGAGAACUUAUUUCUUUGUUAAACAAUAAAAAGUAUAAUGAGGCUCGGACGUUCUGUGUAACUGAGCUAAAUCAUGGAAAAGUCGACCUUUUUGGCAACGUCGAAGAAUAUUUCCCACUUUUUGAAAAACUGGUAUGGCCAGAAAGUUCUCCAAACGAUUGUAAAAUAAUCAGGAAGCUUAAGAAAUUUGGCAGAGUAUUUGUUUUGGGAAACCCAUCUGAUCCACCUCUAAUUCUGGUUCCUGUUAAAGUUCCCAAUGUUCCGUGUGUUAAACUGCCACACCAUGUUAACGAUGAAGAGAAAAAAAGGGAUUUUGCCUGCAUUUUUUUGCUGAUUGGAAAAGAUAAGCACAUGACUAUGUGCUUCCAGUCCUCUGAAAAUGAAUGGCAUUUAUAUGACAAUGAUCCAAACAAGCCAUCAUUUCAUCUCUUUGAUUCUGACCAUUUUAAAUACUACAUGAUUUGUUUGGCAGUAUAUGUCAACAUAACCCAGUUAGAAGAAUAUAAAGUUGGCAUUGCCGAGACUGGUGAAGGAGUAGGUUUAUCAAAUGAGCAUGGUGGGGAUCCAGACAUAGAAAUGGAAGAUCUAAGCUGCCCUGUAUCUAUUUCUGAGACUGGGGACAGCCUGGGAGUAAGGCCUUUCAAGCAAAGCUGUCCAGAUGUUCGACCAAAUUCCAGUAUCCAGGAACAGCAGGUGGAAGACGUAGAAAUGCCGUCCUGCAGCAGCUCCGAUUCUGAUUAAGCAGUUUGCCCCGAAUUCUUGAACGUCUACUUUUUGGAUCUGCCUGGUCCAUCUGGAUGCUUCUGGAUGGAGUUUUGUCGCUUCGGGGGAUGGCUACAUGUGGACAGCCUGGAGACUCAUGGAGACCCAUGGAGUUAUUGAUAAUACCACUUGGACCCUAUCACUUUACUGUUGUUGUAUAAAUCUAUAAUUAAUUCAGAAAUUACCUUAAUUUCUAAGUGAAUUAAAAGCUGAUAUUUUUAAUAUUCUCUAUGAUGUCACCCAAAUGAGGUGGGUUCCCUUUUGAUUCUGGUUCCUCUCAAGGUUUCUUCCUUAUAUCAUCUCAGGGAGUUUUUCCUUGCCACUGUUGCCUCAGGCUUGCUCAUUAGGGAUAAAUAUAUAUUUAAUUUUAAACCUUUUUAUUUUUAUUCUAAAUCUUUAUAUUUCUGUAAAACAUUUUGAGACAAUGUCCAUUGUUAAACAUGCUAUACAAAUAAACUCAAACUUAAACAAUAAAA